AAGGAAGCCCCCGGGCUGAUACACAUUUGUGGCCCGUAUUACACGUUUAAUUCAUAACUACACAAAUACAAAGAUAAUUGUUUAAGCAAGAAUUAAGCUAAUCUAAAAUUAUAUGUAUGUAGGGAUCGUACAAGAAACAAAAUGUAAAAACCGAAAAUUAAUGAAUGAAAUGUAUUAAUCUGAGUGUAUGACUGAAAGAAUGGUAUUACAAGUGCAUAUAUAAUCAAGUAGGGUUCAUUCCGCCUCUCUUCUACAGCCAGCCUAUUUAAAAUAAAAUUUUCAGCCUUAUCCCCCAUGUGGACGAACUGCCCGGCGAAAUGGUAGCCUUCCCCUACUAAAUUGGGAACCGUUCCUCCAUUUUCUCCUCAACUUCUUAGGCUUUCUUAUCCACUUCGUCACAUUAUUUGACCAAGCCGGAUUCUGUAGAUUCCUUAGGGUUACGUGGGCUGAUCCGUCCAAUAAACUCAAACCCAAUCAAUGGGCCGAUUCGCUUGACAGAUCCGGGCCCAACAAUUGCCCCUAAAAUUUGAAGUAGUAAUCGUUACCAACUUAAUCCAACCGGUCGGUUACUUCUUUGAAUUUUAAACGUUUUGAUGCUACCUCGAAAUGGACAAAACCGUCAGCCUCCUUCCUCGAGUAGCCAACCCUUCGUCAGACUAGCCCCUUUUCAGUCAUAACUCCUCUUUUGUGAAAUACUUUCCGUUCGAUUCUUGCAGAGAUUCAUCGUGAGAAUCUAUGGCGUCCCAACAGUUUAUCCCUCAACACAUCCUUGAUCCGAAGAAUGCAAAACAGGCUAAACUCUCGGAGAAUCAUAUCGAAGCUAUCAAGAAUGGUUCCGGAUUUCCAGCGCAUGCAUCCAUCCGGUUUCCGGCCGCUAACGAACGGGUUGAUUGGCAUUGCGAUGGUUGGGUCAACUUCUUUAUGUACCCCUUCAAGAUUGGUAUGAAAUUCCCUUUUUCUUCCCUAGUUAGAGACUUCUUGGCCUUUGUCAAGGUUUCCCCUUCCCAAGUAAUGCCACAAGUAUGGAGGGUCCUGCGUGGCUUAGAAGUAUUAAGCGAAAAACACAGCAUCCCCUUCUCCUUCGAAGAUCUGGGUUUUACCUAUGAUCUUCGUUCUUCUGGAGCUGGUCGGUUUACCCUGGCUGUCAAAGAUGCUCGCGAAGCGCUGAUAUUGAGGGCGGACAAAGCUAAUGAUCGUGGCUGGAUGAGCCAGUUCUUCUUUGUGCAAAAAGAUUCCCUAGGUUCUGAGGGCGCAUUUCUUGAAGAGAGUUUACACAAAGAUAGGAAGACUAUCCCCUUGAGCUAUGGUCCAGACUCUGAAGGAAGGACUGCCAAAAUUUUAUCUAUAACUACUGCCGAACGGACCUUUGGGAAUCUAGUGGUUGAUAAUGAAGGUUCAAACAUGGAUAUCAACUCCUUUGCCGCUCUAAAGAAGCAAAAGGCAAAGGGCCAGGGUAAGAAGGAGUCGGGCAAGCAGAAGCCCGUCGGUGACUUUUUCAAGAAGGGCGGUGAGCCCUCGGCGGUACCUACUGAUGAUGCCGUAGCUGCCGCCAAGAGGAAGGCGGCCGGCAAAGGAGUCGCCCCCCUUUGGCAAGAAGCUGAAGAAGGGGAUGCUGAGAAGAAAGCUUCUUGUGUGGUGAUUGUUGAGGGGCAUUCAUCCUCUGAGCCCCCGGUCAUAUUGGUGACUCCUUCCCAGGCCCUCGUGGAUGAGGGGGUCCUGCCCAGGGAGACUAUCCAGUUCUCCCUCCUCAAGGGAACGGCCAUCUUGCAUGGCACAGUGGACCCGAAGGAGUUUCUGAGGGGUGCCACCCUCUUGCUGGACAAGGUUGCCCUCAACCGAAUGGACGAUGAGGCCCUCAGUAAUAAGAUCCUUCGUUCCUCCCUUACUGCCCGAAGGCUUGAAGAGUGGCGCCUUCGGAAGGUACAGGAGGAUGAGAGGCUAAAGAAGCUCAUUCAUGACAAUGUCGAUGUCGUGAGGCAGAUGGCUAAAUUGGAGGAGGAGCUGCGGCAGGCGAAGGCCGAGGCGGAGAGGGCUACAUCAGAGAAAGUCGAAGCAGAGAGGGCCGCUAUUGAGGCCGCAAAGAAAGCCGUCGAGGAGGCCGAAGCUGCCAAGGCGGAAGCCGUUGCCAACGCCCGGGAGAUGCUGUUGCUGCCUUCAUCGCCGAGGGGUGAAGGGCCGAGGACCAUAGUCAAUGCGUGGCAUCGGUGGUGGAGGCCUCGGUGGAUGCUUGGGUGAAAGGCCCCGGGGCAAUGUGGCUAGCCCGCAAGGGCGAAGACUAUUAUGCUGGGGAGAGUUUUUCACUCAAGCCCUAAUCUACAGAAGGUUGGCUCACCACUUUCAGGUGGACCCGAAGGACUUUGACCCUGCAGCAUAUGGCCUCCCCCCCUUCAGCCAGAUGUCAGAAUCCCCCUCCCCCCGGAUGUUGAGAGGCCGGAUCUCGAAGACUCCGUGCUGAUUCAGGGUGCUCUGGGCGAUGAUGAGGAGGCAGAAGGGGAUGCCAUUUCCAAGCCAGCCGAAGAGAUUGUUGUCGAAACUGUCAAUCCCUGAUUUGUACUUAAACAAUUUUUGUAAUACCUUGUAGCAAACAUUUCUUAUCUUCCGGCUUCGUCCUUGAUGUAUAACAAUUUACUUUUCUUUUGUUAAUGAAUGCCUUCUUCCCCUUGUCUGCUGUUGAAUGAAUGCCUUCAUUUUUGUUCUUGUGAAUGAAUGCCUUCGUUUUUUUAUGUUUGAAUGGACAGCUUUAAGAAUCUAUGUCUGCAUUGUGAGUUGACCGAGGGCCAAUCACUUAGGACUUAGAAAAUUUUUCUAAAUGUUGUUCAAUGCUAG